GUAUUCAACGAACUCUUGGCCGCUGCGGACGUUAGUGCUCCUCCUGCUGCAUUAGCAAAUUGUGCUAAAUAGAAUUCCCUGGUAACGAUGAGCAAGCAUUGAAAAUUGCACACGUGUGUUAAUCAGCAGUCAGCCAAUGUGGCGUGUGAUAAUACAAAUCUAUUCGAAUAUAAUGCAAAAUUAAGGCGCUCCAAGUGAUCGAGCGAGUGAGCGACCCCCUUCAGUGCUAUACAUAGUUUGUUUAAUUAAUUUCACAAUACAAUUCGCAAGCCAACGAAUUUGUUUAUAACAAUAGCAGUACUUGGCAAUCAAUAUGAGUGUUCCAAGCGUGCCCCAACAGCGGGCAUCACCAACAACAAAAUCCACAAAUCAAACAACAACUAAAACCCAGGACAGCUGGAGACUACAUCGAGGGCCCAGGGCAAUUGCCCCUCACAGCACCCAUCUAUUGUUGCUGAUUAGUCUGGGCCUCAGUCUGGGCUUUGUGCAUUGUUAUGAGAAAAUGUAUAGUCAGACUGAAAAGCAGCGCUACGAUGGCUGGUAUAAUAAUCUGGCCCAUCCCGACUGGGGCUCUGUAGAUAGUCAUCUGGUGCGCAAGGCACCGCCCUCCUACUCAGACGGGGUGUACUCCAUGGCAGGUGCAAAUCGACCCUCGACGAGGCGAUUGAGUCGACUUUUUAUGCGCGGACGCGAUGGACUUGGUUCCAAAUUCAAUCGAACCGCAUUGCUGGCCUUCUUUGGCCAGGUGGUGGCCAAUGAGAUUGUAAUGGCCUCGGAAUCGGGCUGUCCCAUUGAGAUGCAUCGUAUUGAGAUUGAUAAAUGUGAUGAGAUGUACGAUCGCGAGUGUCGCGGCGACAAAUAUAUACCCUUCCAUAGAGCGGCAUAUGAUCGGAGCACGGGCCAGAGUCCGAAUGCGCCAAGGGAACAGAUAAAUCAAAUGACUGCUUGGAUUGAUGGCAGUUUCAUUUACAGCACCUCCGAGGCUUGGCUCAAUGCCAUGCGUUCCUUUCACAACGGCACCCUCCUCACCCAGAAGGAUGGAAAGCUCCCGGUGCGCAACACAAUGAGGGUGCCUCUCUUCAACAAUCCGGUGCCCAAUGUCAUGAAGAUGCUCAGUCCAGAACGGCUAUUUUUAUUGGGUGAUCCACGCACAAAUCAGAAUCCAGCUUUGCUCUCCUUUGCCAUACUCUUUGUGCGUUGGCACAAUACGUUGGCGCAGCGCAUUAAACGCCUGAAUCCCACCUGGUGUGAUGAGGAUAUCUUUCAACGUGCUCGACACACGGUGAUUGCCAGCUUACAGAAUGUGAUUGUCUACGAAUAUUUGCCAGCAUUUCUGGGCUCUUCUAUACCAGCAUACGAUGGCUACAAACAGGACGUUCAUCCAGGCAUUGGACACAUAUUCCAGGCAGCUGCAUUUCGCUUUGGACACACAAUGAUACCGCCUGGCAUCUAUCGACGCGAUGGGGAAUGCAAUUUUAAGCAGACUCCAAUGGGCUAUCCAGCUAUACGACUCUGCUCCACUUGGUGGGAUUCCAGCGGAUUCUUUACGGAUACCAGCGUCGAGGAGGUGCUGAUGGGUCUCUCCUCACAGAUUUCUGAGCGUGAAGAUCCUGUUUUGUGUUCCGAUGUUCGUGACAAACUCUUUGGACCCAUGGAGUUUACGCGUCGCGAUUUGGGUGCUUUGAAUAUAAUGCGUGGACGAGAUAAUGGUCUGCCCGAUUAUAAUACAGCCAGAGAAGCUUAUGGCCUGCACAGGCACGCCACCUGGACGGACAUCAACCCGCAACUAUUUGAAGCUCAACCGGAGCUGCUGGAUAUGCUCAAGGAGGCCUACAACAAUCAGCUGGACGAUGUUGAUGUCUAUGUGGGAGGCAUGCUAGAAUCUUAUGGUCAGCCAGGCGAGCUUUUCACCAAUGUGAUCAAGGAGCAGUUUCAACGUUUGCGUGAUUCAGAUCGUUUCUGGUUCGAAAACGAACGCAAUGGCAUCUUUACGGCCGAAGAAAUAGCUGAGCUACGGAAGAUCACGCUCUAUGACAUCAUUGUGAAUAGUACGGAUAUUGCCGAGGAUGAGAUACAACGGGAUGUGUUCAUGUUCCACACAGGAGAUCCCUGUCCCCAGCCGAUGCAACUGAAUGCCACUGAGCUGGAACCCUGCAACUAUUUGGAAGGCUACGAUUACUUCUCCGGCUCCGAGUUGAUGUUUAUCUAUGUCUGUGUUUUCCUCGGAUUUGUUCCCAUACUCUGUGCCGGUGCUGGCUACUGUGUGGUCAAGUUGCAGAAUAGCAAGCGAAGAAGAUUGAAGAUACGGCAGGAAGCAUUACGUGCACCACAGCAGAAGGGAUCGGUGGACAAGAUGUUGGCCCGUGAGUGGUUACAUGCAAAUCACAAGCGACUGGUGACUGUGAAGUUUGGCCCAGAGGCGGCGAUUUACACAGUGGAUCGCAAGGGUGAAAAACUGCGCACAUUCAGCCUACAACAUGUGGAUGUUGUCAGUGUGGAGGAAUCGGCCACGAAUCAUAUCAAGAAGAAGCCUUACAUUCUGCUGCGUGUACCCAGCGAUCAUGAUCUGGUUCUAGAACUCGAGUCCUAUGGAGCACGGCGAAAGUUUGUCAAGAAACUGGAGGAUUUCUUGCUGCUGCACAAAAAGGAAAUGACUUUAAUGGAGGUGAAUCGGGACAUCAUGUUAGCUCGAGCUGAGACCCGAGAGCGACGCCAGAAGCGAUUGGAGUACUUCUUCAGAGAGGCCUAUGCGUUGACCUUUGGCCUCCGCCCGGGUGAGCGGAGGCGUCGCUCGGAUGCGUCCAGCGAUGGCGAAGUGAUGACCGUAAUGAGAACCAGCUUGUCCAAGGCGGAGUUUGCCGCUGCACUGGGCAUGAAACCCAACGAUAUGUUUGUUCGCAAGAUGUUCAACAUUGUGGACAAGGAUCAAGAUGGAAGGAUUAGUUUCCAGGAGUUUCUCGAAACCGUGGUGCUAUUCUCACGGGGCAAAACGGAUGACAAGCUGCGCAUCAUCUUUGACAUGUGCGACAAUGAUCGCAACGGAGUCAUCGACAAAGGGGAACUGAGUGAGAUGAUGCGUUCCCUGGUCGAGAUUGCUCGCACCACCAGCCUGGGCGAUGAUCAGGUCACCGAACUGAUCGAUGGCAUGUUCCAGGAUGUCGGACUCGAGCAUAAGAAUCAUCUCACCUAUCAGGACUUUAAGCUCAUGAUGAAGGAGUACAAGGGUGACUUUGUGGCCAUUGGCUUGGAUUGCAAAGGUGCCAAGCAAAACUUUCUCGACACCUCCACAAAUGUUGCCCGCAUGACCUCGUUCAACAUUGAGCCCAUGCAGGAUAAGCCACGUCAUUGGCUGCUCUCCAAAUGGGAUGCCUACAUAACAUUUUUGGAGGAGAAUCGUCAGAACAUCUUCUAUCUAUUCUUAUUCUAUGUGGUCACCAUUGUGCUCUUCGUGGAACGUUUCAUACACUAUUCCUUUAUGGCCGAACACACGGAUCUGCGGCAUAUUAUGGGCGUGGGCAUUGCUAUCACGAGAGGAUCAGCGGCUUCCCUGUCAUUCUGCUAUUCUCUGCUCUUGUUGACCAUGUCACGAAAUCUCAUCACAAAACUGAAGGAGUUCCCAAUACAACAGUACAUUCCUUUAGACUCACACAUUCAGUUCCAUAAGAUUGCAGCCUGCACAGCGUUGUUCUUCUCAGUUCUCCAUACGAUUGGACACAUUGUCAACUUUUAUCAUGUGUCCACACAGUCUCAUGAGAAUCUCCGUUGUCUCACGCGGGAAGUGCACUUUGCCUCCGACUAUAAGCCGGAUAUUACCUUCUGGCUCUUCCAGACUGUAACUGGCACAACGGGAGUCUUGCUUUUUAUCAUAAUGUGUAUCAUUUUUGUGUUUGCCCAUCCGACCAUACGGAAGAGGGCUUAUAAUUUCUUCUGGAACAUGCACACACUCUACAUUGGACUCUAUUUGCUGAGUCUGGUUCAUGGAUUGGCACGAUUGACUGGUCCGCCACGUUUCUGGAUGUUCUUUCUGGGACCUGGCAUUGUUUACACCCUGGACAAGAUUGUUUCACUGCGCACCAAAUAUAUGGCCUUGGAUGUCAUCGAGACAGAUUUAUUGCCCUCGGAUGUGAUCAAAAUCAAGUUCUACAGGCCUCCCAAUCUAAAGUAUUUAUCGGGUCAAUGGGUGCGUCUAUCUUGCACCGCCUUUAGACCCAAUGAGAUGCACAGCUUCACAUUGACUUCGGCGCCACAUGAGAACUGUCUGAGUUGUCACAUCAAAGCUCAAGGCCCCUGGACGUGGAAGCUGCGUAAUUAUUUUGAUCCAUGCAAUUACAAUCCCGAGGAGCAGCCCAAGAUACGCAUAGAGGGUCCGUUUGGGGGCGGCAAUCAGGAUUGGUAUAAGUUCGAGGUGGCUGUCAUGGUGGGCGGUGGCAUUGGUGUCACGCCCUACGCUUCAAUACUGAACGAUCUGGUCUUUGGCACCAGCACCAAUCGCUACUCGGGAGUUGCCUGCAAGAAGGUAUACUUCCUGUGGAUUUGCCCAUCCCAUAAACACUUCGAGUGGUUCAUCGAUGUGCUGCGCGAUGUGGAGAAGAAGGAUGUAACAAAUGUGCUCGAGAUUCACAUCUUUAUAACCCAAUUCUUUCACAAAUUCGAUCUAAGAACAACGAUGCUGUACAUCUGUGAGAACCACUUUCAGCGCCUCUCGAAAACCUCCAUUUUUACAGGUCUGAAGGCGGUUAAUCAUUUCGGACGUCCUGACAUGUCCAGUUUUCUCAAGUUUGUGCAGAAGAAGCAUUCCUAUGUUUCCAAAAUAGGCGUCUUCUCAUGCGGUCCCAGACCGCUUACAAAAAGCGUCAUGUCUGCCUGUGAUGAAGUGAAUAAAACACGCAAGUUGCCUUAUUUUAUACAUCAUUUCGAGAACUUUGGUUAAGUUUUGUUCUAUUCCAUAAUUCUACAAUUGUCUGCCAACAACAACAACAAAAUCAAUCACAAGAUACUAAGACAAAGGAUAACUCUACGAAUAUGUUUAUCUAUUAAGUUUCAUUCAUUCUGCAUUUAAGCGAAUUUAAAUUCACAUUUCUCGACCCUCUCUUGUUCUAUUUAACUACAACUAUCUCUCACACACAUAUACAAUACUAUAUACACCUCUAUAACAAUAUGUAUCUCUAUUCUGUACUUAUCUUAUAUUUGUUUUAAGUAUGCGCCUGCGUUCAUAAUUUAGUCAAGAUUUCCUUAGUAUAUUAUGAAAAUUUUCAUUGAUAUUUAGCUACAACAAGAAAGCGGCCUCUACUCAAUAUGUACUUAUAUAAAUACAAUAUGUAUGUAUAUAUCUAUACGCAUACGUAUUUGUAUGUUUGUGUACAUGUGUAUUUAUUAAAAAUAUGAUUUGUUAUCAGUUUUUGUAAACCGUUCGCAUUAUUUAUUAAAAUUUACAAUUUAAUUGAAACAACGCA